ACUAUUGCACUCCAUUAAAAUGGCUACUCCUACUUGUCAAAUUCCCAAUAAAGGCAAGGAAAACCCUGUAGCUACCAUCCACGGCAACAGCAAAACCAUCAGGGCUCAGUCAAAGAUGGAGAAAAGUGCGCCAAAACAGGCAUCCAGCGAUAAGUCUGGCUUGAGCAAGGACGUUCAGAAAGCUGUAUUGGCUAGCCCAUUGACAAUUCCUUGGCCCGACAUACCACGACAUCUUCAAACGACUCUUGUACAUCUUUUGAGAGAGCUGAUUCCUUCAGAUGUCGCAGACUAUCACGUCUCAAGGGCAAGAUGCUAUAGCAAGGAGAAAAGAGUUAGAAGGGCUCAGAAAUCUAAAGAGGCGAAAGCCGCCAGUGAGAAAUCAGGCAGUUCAAACAAGGUUGACCAGGAGCCAGCGGGAAAAGCCGCUGAUGAGGACGCCGAGAUGAAAGAUCCGGAAAGCGCGACAGGUCAAAAGCGAAAACGGUCAUCAAAUGAUUUGGAGUCUGAAAUAAAACGCCCAGAACGGCCUGAGGUAUUGUCGCAUCUUGUGCUAGGGAUUAACGAGGUCAUUAAAAGUCUCGAACAUCAAAUUGGCGCUUUGAAGACUCAAAUAAUGACUAUGGGUGACGCUUUGAAUGGCGAUCAACCUGGAAAACUCAAUGCGAACAACUUCCUUCCCACCGCUCCACGGUCUCCUUCUCCCUCUAGUUCCGAUGAUGAAGCUACUGAAGGCCAAUUACGACCCAUACUCUCUCCCUCAGCGCCAAUCAAUUUUAUUAUCAUCCCUCUUCUCUCGAUUAAUCCUCAAAGUCUUGUCUCCCCUAUCCUUCAAUACUGUGCCACAUAUAACGCCCAUGUCUACCAACACACUCAACUAGCAAAAAUCCUUAGAACGAGAUUGAAGAAGAGCCAAUGGGCCGACGUGACUGGUGACGAUAGAGAGGAGGUUGCUGUAGUGCCUUUAGGAGCAGUUGAGAAGGAUUUAGCAGACAUGGUUGGACUUCGGCGACUGGCAUGUCUUGCAUUGAGAAAAUCACAUCCAAACAUAGAACGAGUCCGUACUCUUUUGCCCAAGAGCAUUCUCCAUCCACCCCGCUUUUCUCUCACAUUGCCGAUCCCGACAUCCACACUUAAGGUCCAUACCUGCGCCACCCCAUCCGUAUCCAAAUCUGAAACGUCAAAAGAGAACGGAGCCCCUAUCCCUCAUGUCCAUUACGUUCCUCUUCACGUGAAGGGUAUUCAAACAAAGGUGCCAGUCGACAACGCUUCAAGGAAGGCAAAGAGGCUGCAAGAAGUCCGACUGAAGAGAGCAGAAGCGAAGAUCAAGAAGAAGGAGAGUAAGGAGAAGGCGAAGAAGGCAGCAAAGAAGAAAAACUGAAGCGAGCAGCCUGUUCACUGAAUUGCAUUACCGUAACCAUCAUCAUCGUUACAUAUGCCUUAUUGUAUGUAUCCUGCAUGUCUAAUGUCUAACCUGCAGUGAGUUCCCAGCUGUCCCCGUAUCAUCAUCAGUGGCCUUGCUGUUCUCGGCAUCGAUCUUUUGCCUCCGUCUUCGCGCCUUCUCUCGCUUAUUCUUACUAGACUGUCAAGUACCAGAGCUCUAACUAUUCAACUCAACUCGUCCAUAGCUAUUUGUCCAUUCACUCAGCUGAGCUUCAUGAAGGGCCCCUUAAUUCUACUACUCAUUCGGAAUUGGUAGCGCCCAAAGCCUCUUUCCCGGGCAUUCCAUGGGGUUAGACGUAUCUCGGCGGGAUUAUGGUAGAGGGGAAAUAUGAUACUGAAGAGCACAGCGUGCUGAAAGUCUAUGCAUGUUACCUGCC